AUGAAAUUUAAGGUUUGUGAACGUCAGAAAAGACUCGCGGCUCGGCGGUCAUACAUAAGCAAAAGACUACGGCGCAGAUGGCUUAAUCCUUCAGCUCGUCGUAGCAAAAUAUUUAAUGUUUUGCCAGUACGCGAUGAUAAGGAUACAACAGAAGAUCACACUAGUAGUCAUGAAUCGUCUGAUGCAGCUGUUAAUACUGAUUGGGUCAUCGAUGGAUACCGUACCCCGCACGAUACAAACUCUCUAUGGAACUUGAAGAAAUGGUUCAUGCAAUUGCACAAGGACUGGAUUCCGGAAGAUGAGCUAGUAACCCUGGCACAAGUAUUCGCAAGCAUGAUAGCAUACGGAUGCAAAUAUGAACCCGAGCUUAUGGAGCGAGUGACCGAACUUGGCAAGCCUGUGGCUAAAGUUUAUUAUGAAUUGAAAAGUAAAAGAACUUCCUGCGUCCAAAGCAGGGUGCAGGACGAAAACCAUACGUCACAGGAAAGCGUGGAAGCAAAAACGGAAGAGCUACUAGACUGGAGGCUAUAUCCUGUCCAUCCAUCUCUCACGCUGGACGAUGUACUCCGAAACAUCGUUGUGGUAAACAAUUCACUCAAAGAAACAACGGAAUGGUUCGAACGUUUAGGCAGCGGAACGAUUUCGAUUGCUAUCAGCUCAAUAUCGCAAGGGAUAUUCGAGGUGAAAGCCUAUGCUGCCAACUUUUUCAUCAACAAAACAUCCGGCACACACCGUAAGGCUUAUGCACAAUGUGUGGCUGAUUUGUUGGAAAUCCUGAAAUACUACUGUUAUCAGGUGAAUUACACACAGCGGUUUCCCUACCUGAAUUACAAUGUAGAAAGGCUUCCGAAUGAAGCCAGCCAUCAACCCGUGUCCUGCAUCGAACAGCACAAUAUCGGUUACCGAUUGCUUCAAAAGCUAGGCUGGUCGGGUGGAGGAUUAGGGUCAAAGCAGACGGGCAUAUUGCAUCCGAUCGAAGUGUGCUUCAAGCACGAUCGCCGAGGGCUCGGAUCAAAAAAGCGCACGAAAAUGUAUGGGACGGACAUGGCCGAAGACUAUUGCCCUAUUGAUGUACAGUUUUAUCAUGAACUCAUGGAUGCGAUCCUUAGGCGGCAACCGUACUAUGAUCUCAUCUUUUCACCGGACUUUACCGAGAGCGAACGUAUACUUUUAACCAGGUUAGCAGUGCAGCGAAGGCUUCGAUGUGAAACACGAAUCAGCGAAACUGGACAAACUCAGUUUGUGGUCAAACGCUAUCCUUUACCACCGCAUGUCGUCCUUACGCAGGUGCUGGUAGAAAAUCAUCCGCUCGUGUCGAAGUACUAUGAAGUUAAGCCACCCAGGAUGUUCCAGUCGACCCUACACAGGUGCAUUGGUUUUAUACGAUACUAUCAUUGGAUUGAUCAUUAG